UCAGGUUCACAGAACAAUGACACUAAAAGACAGUUUCUACUAGAACGGCUACUGGAUGCAGUUAAACAGUGUCAAAUACGGUUUGGAGGAAGAAAAGAAAUUGCUUCAGACUCUGACAGCAGAGUCACUUGUUUGUGUGCUCAGUUUGAAGCUGUGUUACAGCAUGGUCUGAGGAGGAGCCGAGGAUUAGCAUUAACAGCAGCAGCGAUCAAACAGGCAGCAGGUUUCUCCAGUAAAACUGAAACAGAGCCAGUGUUUUGGUACUAUGUGAAAGAAGUUCUGAAUAAACAUGAACUGCAGCGCUUUUACUCCCUGAAGACAAUUACUACAGAUAUUGGUAGAGGCCGGGCUUGGUUGCGCUGUGCAUUAAAUGAACAUUCCCUGGAAAGAUAUGUUCAUAUGCUGCUUGCAGAUAAGAAUCGACUUAGUGUCUUCUAUGAAGACUGGUCUUUUAUGAUGGAUGAAGAACGUUCUAGUAUGAUCCCUACGAUGGCAGCUGGUCUGAACUCCAUUCUUUUUGCAAUCAACAUUGAUAAUAAGGAUUUAAAUGGGCAGAGCAAAUGCACACCCACCGUGUCUGAUUUGUUAAAGGAAUCAACGCAAAACGUAACCUCAUUAUUGAAAGAAUCCACUCAGGGUGUUAGCAGCCUUCUUAGAGAGAUAACUGCAUCAUCUGCUGUCUCAAUUCUAAUAAAACCUGAUCAAGACACUGACCCACUUCCUGUUCUCUCAAAGAAUGUAAAUGCUGAUUUGAAAUAUAAAAAAGAUCGAAAAAAGAAGAAGAGAGUGACAAAUAUUAUCUCAUUUGACGAAGAGGAAGAUGAGCAAAAUUCAGGGGAUUUCACGAAGACUCUGAUUACGGGAGAAAGUUCAGAGGACAGUGUAGACAGAUCUUCAGUUUUUGUAUUACCCUCAUCUGAAAGCACUCUCAGAAAAAAUUUGAAUGGGAACGAAAGUAACCAUUCGUGGAAGAGCAAUUCCAUAUUCAUGAAUGGAGAGUAUGAAUAUCAGAAACUAGAUGUGAAGAGCAUAGAUGAUGAAGAUGCAGAUGAGGAUGAGCUAUAUGGUAAAACGUUAGGAAAUAAAGGCACAGAAGGUGAAACUGAAGCUUCUGAAAAGCCUCAUGAAAUAGGUGCAUGCAAUUCUCAGAUAUGCAGUUGGACUCCUCUGCAGGUCCUGAACGAUGACUCGGAUGUUCUAUUUCCUGUCAAUGCCGUUGGCUCUUACUCCCAAACAGAUAACUUGGAGAAUGGAGAGGGGCAUGAACAUGUUGUCCAUGCAGUAGAACUGGUUCCAAGAAGAUCUGAUCUUCCUUACAGAGUGGAAGUCAGUCCUCCAGCUCAAGUGAAUACAUUAAACAAUAUGUUGCCUUCAGCCACUGUGCCAGAAUCCAUGACAAUUAAUGAACUUCGUCAAGCUAUCGUGGCCAUGAUGAAUAGAAAGGAUGAACUGGAAGAACAGAAUAGAUCUCUGAGAAAUCUGCUUGAUGGAGAGAUGGAGCAUUCUGCAGCACUAAGGCAGGAAAUGGACAACUGGAGAAGGAAGGUAGCGGAACAGGAAGAGCGACAUGCCACAAAAGUCCAAGCCUUGGCACGAGAAAAUGAGGUGCUAAAAGUGCAACUUAAGAAGUAUGUAGGAGCUGUCCAGAUGCUCAGAAGAGAAGGUCAAACAGUGGAAGUUCUGCCAAACAUUUGGAGCACUGAUGGUGAAUUUACUAUUCCAGAGCAAAAGCAAGUAGAAAACAACGAGGAACUAGCCAGCUCUUAUGAAAGAAAAUUGAUUGAGGUAGCUGAAAUGCAUGGGGAACUGAUUGAAUUCAAUGAGAGGCUGCACCGUGCUCUGAUGGCUAAAGAAGCUCUUGUGUCCCAGAUGAGACAAGAACUAAUUGAUUUGAGAGGGCCAGUCCCUGGAGAUUUGAGUCAAACAUCUGAAGAUCAGAGUUUGUCAGAUUUUGAAAUAUCGAAUCGUGCUCUUAUUAAUGUUUGGAUUCCCUCAGUCUUUCUCCGUGGAAAAGCAGCUAAUGCAUUCCAUGUUUAUCAGGUUUAUAUUAGGAUAAAGGAUGAUGAAUGGAAUGUUUAUCGAAGAUAUGCAGAGUUCAGAAGCUUGCAUCAUAAAUUACAGAAUAAGUACCAGCAAGUAAGGACUUUUAACUUUCCACCAAAAAAGGCCAUUGGAAACAAGGAUGCAAAGUUUGUAGAAGAGCGACGCAAGCAGCUACAAAAUUACCUAAGGAAUGUAAUGAACAAAAUUAUUCAAACUGUGCCAGAAUUCACAGCCAAUCCCAAGAAAGAGACUCUUAUUCAGCUGAUGCCCUUUUUUGUUGAUAUUCCACCUUCUGGAGAACCAGUAAGCAAAAGCAAUCGCUCAAGAGUGACUACACGCUUCCCCAAACUAUCUCGCAGCCAUCAAAGAGAUCCACGAAGCCUGGAACCUCAGAGUGGUGAUCUUUGA